CUCGCCGCGUCUAGACGUUGGUGGGCGCGGAUUAUCAUCAGCGAGUGAAACUCUAGACGAGACUGUGCUUGCGGUGGCGUUUUAUCGCUUCAUCUUCUGCGGCGAGUCUGUAACCGAUAGAUCGACAAAGUCCCAACCAAGACAAUACCGCAGACGUGCUCAUUCGCCCCACUACAAAAAGCACAGGAUAUGACAACCCCUAAAACUGGAGUCUUUUCCGAUGCUGGCCUGGAAGAGUAAAAGCUCUCCGACAGACGUGUCGCGGCACAUGCUCACCAUGGCCACAUUGCUGUGUCUUUUCUUCUCUUUGCUUGGCCUGGCUGUCAUGGGAGCAGUGAAGAACUGCCAUCCGCAAUGUCGGUGUGAGGUGGAGAGCUUCGGCCUCUUCGACAGUUUCAGCCUUACCAAAGUGGACUGCAGUGGAAUCGGCCCCGGGAACGCUCCUGUCCCCAUCCCUCUGGACACGUCCCAUCUCGACCUCUCCUUAAACUCCAUCACCUCCAUCAGCGACUCGAUGCUCUCCGGACCGGGUUACACCACCUUGGUUAGUCUGGACCUGAGCGGCAAUCUCAUUUCACAUGUCAGUCCCAAAGCGUUCUCUAAACUUCGCUACCUUGAGACGUUGGACCUGAGCAACAACGCUCUUGAGGAUCUUGGCGAUGGCGGCUUCACCGGACUCCCUCUGGUUGAGCUGGACCUGAGUGAAAACCGAUUCAAAGAGUUUAGCCUUGAUCUGCUCACCACCAGAGCACAGGAUGUACCAAUCAUGGUGGACCUGUCGCGAAACCUUCUUACCUCCGUUUCCAGGAAGACGCCUGGCCAUCCGUUGAACAUCAAGAGUCUUAUGCUGGCAGGGAACCAAUUGAGGAAGGUGCCGAUGCUCAACAGGAUCCCACUUCAGUAUCUGAACCUGGAUGGGAAUCUCAUCUCCAGCAUUGAUGCAGGGGCCUUUGAUUCAAUGACAGAACUGAUUCACCUGUCUCUCAGCAGCCUUUCCGACCUGACCCUCAUUCAACCAGGUGCAUUUAGAGGUUUGAAGAACCUACAGGUCUUAGACUUGUCAAACAACAGCCGGCUCAAGACGUUGAGCCCGGAUGUAUUUAGUGGACUUGUCUCUUUACAAGAGCUCAAUUUGUCCCAUAAUCCUGUCACACCAUUAUCAAGGACCAUCUUUACCCAGAUGCCAAGCAUAAAGAGCAUAUCUUUAGGUCCAAAUGUGCAUUGCUGGAAGACACACAAGCAAGGACAGUUUCACAGACAGAUUGGACAAGCCAAACCCAAUGAUAUACUUACCUGUGACAACGCAGGAAUGAUCUUGUGAGCCUGAAGUGCCAAGAAAGAAUCCUUUUCUCAUCUCUGUGCCUUUUUAGUAUCUCAUAAGAUCUUUUAUUUUUUGUAAUUCAAGAUUGCAUCAUAUUUGCACAUACUAUGUCAACUAAGGUCCUUUAUUUUACGUGUUGAGCACAUUUAAGCACGCACAGUAUAUCACAAUGACUCAUGCACUUUAGUUACAUUUCACUUAAUAAUAUGUAACCUGAGAUUUGUGGUGUGUUUUUUUUUCUUAAGUCUUAAAGUUUCACAAGUUGUGUAUUCAAACACUUUGUACAAACACCAGUAUUGCAGGUCAGUUUAGAAGUCAUGGUGCCUUAAAUUGUAAUUCAUUAAGUAUUUUGGAAUAAUACAUUUCUAAUGUUUGGAUGCCCCUCAUGACCUUAUGUCAUCAUUUUUGAAUGAUCAUAAAAGCUGUACAGUUUACACUAAUCCAUAAUUAAAUGUAUAUAUUUUCAGAAGGUUUAUAAUGAUUUGACCUUAAACACUGAAGGCAAUACAAUUUGGUAUAUUUAAUUGAAGUGUUUUUACUUGGUUGAAAGUGGGGCAUUUUUGACAGAAGCACAAAGGAUAAAAUACAAUAUGCGGAAUGUACAUUUUGCAUUAUAAUAUAAUUUAUUGCAUUAUAUUGUUCUCCUAAUACUGAACCUAAAAUAUGAUUUACAAACUACAAAAUCACAUCACGUAGACUGACACUUGAGGGAAAUGUAACAUUGAGUUCACAUCUCUUUCUAAUUCCUACAUUGUCAUUUCACAGACGUUUACUUGGUUGCGCUGACAUUUUGCACUUUUAAUGUUUAACUAAAAAAAAAAAAUAAGCAUGAUGGUUGUUCAUCAUGUGAGCCGAGGUAUGGUUGAUGUUUGUACAAACCUAUACUCCUCCUAAAAAAAUAUUUACUCAUAUGCCAGUAUGUUUGUGCUCAGUUUUGUGAUUUAAAGCUCACUUCCCCAAACUGUAUCAAAACUUCCAAAGUUAAGCCAGGGCCGACGUGCAUUUCGGCACAUCUUUCUGAGUCAUGCAGUGUGUUUAGUCAUAAUACAGGCCUCACUAAUGUGGUUCUCCUCAGUCUAACACACUCAGACAGCCAUGAUUUGUUCAUAAAAAACACACCCAGUGUUUUACCCUACACUUAUUUUACAAGAAUAAGGCAUUAUCCAUUCACUCAUACUAACCACGGACAGCCGUUUUAGGCGAACAGAAGACUUGAUGGCUGAAUUGGAACAGAUGACUUCAGCCUGUCAGGCUUUAGGCCUCACAGACCAAGUAUUCAUAUAUCCCCUUAGCUGCUCUGAAUUAUUGCCAAGAUCCAGCUCUUUGAAAUUCUAGGAGACUAAUGCCAAAGACAGAUCCCCCUCUUCUUUUCUACACAAAAGCUUAGCAGAAAAAAAGGUUUACUUAACAGCUCAACUUUCUCUUCAUUACUUUGCACUCUCUGCUAUGCUCAGGAUAAAUAAGUAAUAUAAAUAAACAGGCCAAAGAGGAACAAGAACAAAC